AUCUACCCUUUAAAAGAGCCAGUUCCUGAAAAACUUUCCCCUUCCCAAAUUAACCUUUACCUCUUUUAAAUAUACCCAAUUUAUCAAGUCUAAGCGAAAUCAGCCUUCCUCUCUGCCGAAGCCGAAGAGAUCUUCGGUUACCUAAGCGUUUUUCUCUCCGCUGAAGGUGAAGAGUUCAUCGCUUACUGUUAUCGCCGUCCCACGAACUUCCACUCAUCAAUUUGCAAAGAUGACUAUUAAUGCCCUAAUCAUCAUCGCGACGCCUCAGCAUUCAUCUACACAGUUUUCAGAAUUCUGGCAUUCAGAAAGAUUCAAGCGACAAAGGUUCAGUAGCUUUAUCGUGAGUAUAAAGUAAUAGACAAAUCUUUUGGUUUCGAUAUUGCUGUUGAAGAAGCACAGAGGGCCAUAAAUGCUGCGCAUGUCGAAGUUGAAAGUGUAGAAAAUGGUGUUGGUAUUGUAAAGCUCAUGGGUCGCUACAGCGGGUUUAUUGCCAUGUAUGCUACUUUGGCGAGUAGAGAUGUGGAUUGUUGUUCGAUUCCGGAAUCCCCAUUUUAUCUGGAAGGCCCCGGUGGUCUUUAUGAGUUUGUUGAACAACGACUUAAAGAAAAUGGUCACAUAGUUAUUGUGGUGGCAGAAGGAGCAGGACAGGACCAUGUAGCUCAACAUGUGGGCAUCAUCAAUGAAAAGGACGAAUCUGGAAAUCGCCUUCUUCUGGAUAUUGGUCUAUGGCUAUCUCAAAAGAUAAAGGAUCAUUUCACAAGGAACAGGAAAUUACCAGUAUAUCUCAAAUAUAUAGCCUGUAGGUUUUGCCAUGAUCGAUGCGGAGAUUCAUUUUUGUUUUGUUCUGUUGUGCACUGCAUUGCAUAUACUUUCUUCUUGCCGCGGCUAACUUCUAUUACUACCUUGGCUAUCAUAUUGUGAAGCAGAUCAGUGGUAUGAAAUAAUUAAUAGCGGCGAUGAUUCUAAAAAAUCAGUGAUAGGAAGAGAAAUGAGAAAGAGAUGGAAGAUUGUAGGUGUUGAAAGAAGGUAAUAUGUGAAUAACCCUUUACUUUUUAACCCUUCACUUUUCACACGCACUGCCAAAUCUCUGAAGCCCAAGUGUUCGCUAUCCUUUUUAUUUCUUUAUUUAUGUUCUAACUUCAAAUAAUUUAAAAAGUGAAGGUAUGGUGAAGGUGAAAGUUCCACCAAGUACAAAUGAAGAUAUAGACCUGGAAAAAGUGAAGUAUGAGCUUUGAACAUUGCGAUGGGAAUAUAAAUGAGAAAGAGAUAGAAGAUGACAAAGUAAUAACAUGAGUUGUAAUUUUCAUUGCAUUCAUGUUUUUUAAUUAGUGUUGGUAGCUCCAAUUGUGAGUUUCAGACAAUGGCAAUGGAGGCUUUGGUGACAUUCAACAAAGA